AUGGGAAACGCGGAAAGCCAAAAUGUAGAGCACGCAUUGUAUGGAGACAAGCACUCCAGCCUGGGACGGAAGCACACAUCACGCUCACUUCGCCUUUCAAAUAAAACUUCUCGACGGACCAGGCAUGCUUCUUCAGGGAAGGUUAUCCACAGGAACUCAGAAGUGAGCACACGAUCUAGCAGUACUCCUAGCAUCCCCCAGUCACUGGCAGAAAAUGGUCUGGAGCCUUUUAACCAAGAAGCCAAUUUAGAGGACUUUGGAAGCCCCAUUUGGGUGGACAGAGUGGAUAUGGGCUUAAGGCCUGUUUCUUACCACACCGAUUCUUCUGUUACUCCUAGCGUGGACAGCAGCACAGUUCUCACGGCAGCCUCAGUGCAGAGCAUGCCAGACACAGAAGAAAGCAGACUUUAUGGGGAUGACACUACAUUUUUGGCUGAAGAAGAUGGCAGACAGCAUCGAUAUUCAACAAACGGGACAACUUUCAUGGAAACUGCAAGCUUCAAGAAAAAGCGUUCAAAAUCUGCAGAUAUCUGGCGGGAGGAUAGCUUGGAAUUUUCGCUCUCUGACCUCAGCCAAGAACAUUUAACAAGCAAUGAAGAAAUCUUAGGUUCAGCUGAGGAGAAGGAUGGUGAGGGGAUUCGAGGCACAGAAGCAAGCAACAGUCCCCAGCAGCUGGUCACCUGCCAACGUGCCAAUUCUAUGAGUGACUUGUAUUCUCCAAAAAACUCAGGUGCUACAAUAAAUGGAGGCCCACGAAACACCUUUGGGGCUUAUUGUCGGAAUUUAGUGUCCGAUAUUCCAGAUAUUGGAAACCAUAAGAUGGCGUCAGCUACAGCAGAGGAUACUCCUUCCUACAGUAAUUAUAAUACACUCCCCUGUAGGAAAUCUCACUGCCUUUCAGAAGGUGCCACCAACCUACAAAUCAGCCACAGCAACAGCAUGCAAGGCCGAAGGGCAAAAACUGCUCAGGAUGUGAAUGCAGGUGAAGGGAGUGAAUUUGCUGACAGUGGAAUCGAGGGCGCAACCACCGAUACAGACCUCCUCUCCAGACGUUCAAAUGCUACAAACUCUAGCUAUUCUCCAACGGCUAGUCGAGCUUUCAUUGGCAGCGACAGCGGCAGCAGCUCUACAGGAGAUGGGGUCCGUCAGGGAGUGUAUGAGAACUUCCGAAGGGAGCUGGAAAUGAGCACCACCAACAGCGAGAACUUGGAAGAAGCUGGUUCAACCCUGAGUGAUGAGCAAAGCAGUGGUACCUUGAGUUCUCCAGGGCAGUCUGACAUCCUCCUUACAGCUGGCCAGGGCACUGUACGGAAAGCUGGGGCUCUUGCAGUGAAAAAUUUUCUGGUGCACAAAAAGAAUAAGAAAGUGGAGUCAGCUACACGCAGGAAAUGGAAACACUAUUGGGUUUCCUUAAAAGGAUGUACAUUAUUCUUCUAUGAGAGUGAUGGCAGAUCUGGAAUAGACCACAACAGCAUCCCAAAGCACGCUGUCUGGGUGGAAAACAGUAUAGUGCAAGCAGUGCCCGAGCACCCAAAGAAAGACUUUGUUUUCUGCCUCAGUAAUUCCCUUGGGGAUGCAUUUCUCUUUCAGACCUCUAGCCAGACCGAACUAGAGAAUUGGAUCACUGCAGUCCAUUCUGCUUGUGCAACUGCUGUAGCAAGACAACAUCACAAAGAGGACACGGUCAAACUGUUGAAAACUGAAAUAAAAAAGCUGGAACAGAAGAUCGAUAUGGAUGAGAAAAUGAAGAAAAUGGGUGAAAUGCAGCUGUCCUCAGUAACGGACUCCAAGAAGAAGAAGACCAUACUUGAUCAGAUCUUUGUUUGGGAACAGAACCUUGAACAGUUCCAAAUGGACCUAUUUCGGUAUCGUUGUUAUUUAGCUAGCCUCCAAGGAGGGGAGCUGCCAAACCCAAAAAGGCUACUUGCUUUCGCAAGUCGUCCAACUAAAGUUGCAAUGGGCCGUCUUGGAAUCUUUUCAGUAUCUUCUUUUCAUGCACUGGUGGCAGCUCGCACUGGGGAGGCCGGAGUAAGAAGAAGAACACAGGCCAUGUCCAGAUCCGCCAGCAAACGGAGAAGCAGGUUUUCUUCUCUUUGGGGACUGGAUACUACCUCAAAGAAAAAACAAGGGAGGCCAAGCAUUAACCAGGUCUUUGGUGAAGGAGUUGAUUCCGUGAAGAAGUCUUUAGAAGGAAUCUUUGAUGAUACAGUACCAGAUGGCAAGAGGGAAAAAGAAGUGGCACUGACCAGCACCCAUCAGCAUAAUCCUGAUUGUGAUAUUUGGGUUCAUGAGUAUUUUACGCCAUCUUGGUUCUGCCUGCCAAAUAACCAGCCUGCUUUGACAGUAAUCCAUCCAGGUGACACCACAAGAGAUGUUUUGGAAAUGAUUUGUAAGACAUAUCAGCUGGAUCAUUCAGCUCACUUUCUGCGUCUUAAGUUCCUGAUAGAAAACCAGAUGCAAUUUUAUGUACCAAAGCCAGAAGAGGACAUCUAUGAAUUGUUAUACAAAGAAAUUGAAAUCUGUCAAAAAAUUACACAGCACAUUCAGAUUGAGAAGUCCGAUACAGCCUCUGAUUUUUAUGGCUUUUCUCUCUCUUCUGUGGAAGAAGAAGGGUUUCGUCGGCUUUAUGUGAACCGUGUAAAAGAGACAGGUCUGGCUUUCAAGAAAGGCCUUAAAGCUGGUGAUGAAAUUGUUGAGAUUAACAAAAGAGGAGCUGAAGACCUGAAUUCAACCAUGCUGAAAGAUGCCCUUGUUCAGCCUUCACUGUGCCUUACAGUGCGUACUUAUCCUGAGAUAGAGGGGGGGCAGAAGUUAAUGCAACCACCCCCACGUCGCAUGGAAAACCUGUCUGACUUGAGUGACAGUGCACUGAUGUAUAGCGGCAGUAACCAAGGGCACACGCUUUUUAGCGAACAAGAAAGCAGUGCUGAGGCAGCUCCAGAAGAAGCAGAAGUGCCUGAUUUGGAGUCCUCUGAUGAGACAGAUAGGAUGAGCAAGAGUACAGAACAAGUUGCUGCAUUUUGUCGCAGUCUACAUGAGAUGAAUCCUUCUGAUUCGAGUUUGCAUCCUCAAGAAUUUACAGGGCCUCAGCUGUCCACCAUGAGACAACUUACAGAUGCUGAUAAACUGCGCAAGGUUAUUUGUGAAUUGCUUGAAACAGAACGCACCUAUGUCAAAGACUUAAACUGUCUAAUGGAAAGAUACCUGAAACCUCUACAAAAAGAAACUUUCCUCACUCAAGAUGAGCUCGAUGUUCUCUUUGGGAAUUUGACUGAAAUGGUAGCAUUCCAGGUGGAGUUCCUGAAAACUCUGGAAGAUGGAGUGAGGCUGGUGCCAGACCUGGAAAAGCUUGAAAAAGUUGAUCAAUUUAAGAAAGUGUUGUUUUCCUUGGGUGGAUCCUUUCUUUACUAUGCUGACCGUUUCAAGCUGUACAGUGCCUUCUGUGCCAGCCACACUAAAGUUCCAAAAGUAUUAGUAAAAGCUAAGACGGACACUGCUUUUAAGGCAUUUUUGGAUGCUCAGAAUCCUAGACGGCAACACUCCUCAACACUGGAGUCUUACCUUAUCAAACCUAUCCAGCGGAUACUAAAGUAUCCUCUCCUGCUGAGGGAACUCUUCGCUCUGACUGAUGCAGACAGUGAAGAACACUAUCACCUUGAUGUGGCCAUAAAAACAAUGAACAAAGUUGCCAGCCAUAUUAAUGAAAUGCAGAAAAUACAUGAAGAGUAUGGUGCAGUGUUUGAUCAGCUCAUAGCAGAACAGACUGGGGAAAAAAAAGAGGUUGCAGACCUUUCCAUGGGAGACUUACUUUUGCAUAAUACAGUGAUCUGGCUUAACCCUCCUGCAUCAUUGGGGAAAUGGAAGAAGGAACCUGAGUUAGCAGCAUUUGUGUUCAAAACUGCUGUUGUCCUUGUAUAUAAAGAUGGUUCCAAACAGAAGAAGAAACUUGGAGGAUCACAUAGGGCUUCAAUUUAUGAAGACUGGGACCCAUUCCGUUUUCGUCACAUGAUUCCCUUAGAAGCUCUGCAGGUUCGCGCACUGGCAAGUGCAGAUGCAGAGACCAAUUCUGUGUGCGAGAUUGUUCAUGUUAAAUCUGAGUCCGAAGGCAGACCAGAGAGAACAUUCCACCUCUGCUGUAGUUCCCCAGACCACAGAAAGGAUUUUCUGAAGGCUGUGCACUCCAUUCUACGUGAUAAGCACAGAAGGCAGCUUCUUAAAACUGAAAGUCUGCCCUCAUCCCAACAAUAUGUUCCUUUUGGAGGGAAAAGACUGUGUGCUCUAAAAGGUGCAAGGCCAGCAAUGAACAGGGCAGUGUCUGCCCCAAGCAAGUCUCUUGGGAGGAGGAGGCGGCGGCUGGCCCGAAACAGGUUUACCAUUGACUCGGAUGCUGUCUUCGAAAGCAGCCCUGAAAAAGAGUCCCGGCAGCCCACAGCCAGUGGGGACACUGACCGCUGGGUAGAGGAACAGUUUGACCUUGCUCAGUAUGAGGAGCAGGAGGACAUCAAAGAAACAGACAUCCUCAGCGAUGACGAUGAGUACUGUGAGUCUACGAAAAGCACCACAAUUGACAGAGAACUUCAGGAGCAGUUGCAGGCUGCUUCCAUUACAAGCAGCCAGUCACGUCGGGCAGAAAAAGCACGGCAUGCAAUGGGCACGCAUGCUGCCAGAAUGACUCAGUUGAAGAAGCAAGCUGCACUCUCUGGGAUCAAUGGCGGGGUGGAAAGUAAUAGUGAAGAAGUCAUCUGGGUUAGGCGUGAAGACUUUGUACCUAGCAGAAAACUGAACACUGAGCUCUAA